GGGUGUUUGUGGCUUGUUCCCGCAUCAGGGAAGACGAAGACGCCUAGUCUAGUUGUUAUUGUACCUUUCGAUAAGACUGGAUCUGUUGGACUUCGCUCUGUGCUUUCAUGAUCCGGCGAUUUUGUUGUUGUUAUUGUGUACAUGACAUUUUUGUCUGUGUACUUGGCCAAAGUUUUAUCAGUACCUUUGUAGUCAGAGUCAUGGGUACAAUAUCUUUUCUUCCGUCCCCACUCUGUCCUGGCUCUUUGAUGCAGGAAGUUAAAUGCUAAUGUGUGCAGAAGUUGCUAAGCUUCAUGUUGCUUCGUUCAUGAUGUCGUAAUGGAGGAUAGUCUAAGUGUCAAAUCAAAUGAUUCUGCCACAACAAGUGAUGAGUAUGAGUUUGUGAACGGAACUGCAAGUGGCAAAAGUUCUGAAAAUACUUCCAUUCUUGCUGUUGCGGAAGAAGAUUUACUCCAAUCCAGACAUCAGCAUCCACUCCUGGACAUUUCCAGCGGAAACCUUGAUGAUCUGAAAAAGUGUUUGGGUGAAGUUCUAAGUGAGGAAAAUCGGCCUGAGCUCCGAGGCAAAGAUUUACCUAAAAUGGAAGAAACUCCAGAACCAGUGGCGGAAUCUCUACAAGUGCAAGAACCGGGAAGGACUUUGUCUCCAAGUCAUUAUAUUUCUGACAAUACUUCAGCUGUAAAAAAUCUACCUGUCACAGCCACUGUAAAGAAAGUUGGGCAAAGUCAAUUUUAUUCAUCUGUUCCAGCAAGAACUUCUUUAUCAAAUUCACCAAGUGAUGAAGAAGAGGCUGUUCCAGAUGUACAGCAGAAUGGAACUACCUUCUCUGGUGUUGUCUCCCUCGGCAAAGCCAAUAUCAAUGCACCACGUUCAGAAGCUGAAAUUCUUCGGAACAUGUCAAUUUUGAACAAUGCACAGGGAUUAGAAAUGAUUAAAGUCUCUUUGUCAGUACCCAACACCUCUGAUGGAUUUGUCCAAUUGCAUGAUUCGGCUGGGAAAUUUAUUGCUCAGUAUGAAGUUACAUCUAUACUUUAUUUUGCGAAAGGUGGGAUAGGGACUCCUGAAGAAGCAUGUUUUGCUUUCACUUGUCCUCUUGGCCAUGCAGAAAAUCAAGAAUCAACCAUUUUUCAGUGCCAUGUGUUUCGAUGUGACAUCCUUGAAGCUGUUGGCCAAGUGUCUAAAGGCUUUGCCAAGGCAUUUAAUAGAGUUCCACGGUCUAUGACAAGCUCCGUCACAGGGGCUUUGGAAUCAAACACUCCUGAGCGCAACAGCAAUGUUUACGUUUUUGAAGUUAGUCUUGAAAUUAAAGAAGAAGACAAUCGUGGUGGGUACAGCACAGUCCCUAAAGACCGCACUUGUUUCAAGCUACGCACAAAUCUCUCAAAGCAAUUGUGCCUCAGUGUGCAGCAAGUAUCUGAUAAUGAAGUGGACUUACGAAUUGAAAAAUGCUUUGGUGUGUUGGUCAGUCCUGGUCGUCGAGUUAAACAUAGUGACAUGCAGUUGUUAGAGAUGCAGGUAUCAAUGGGAGCAGGCACUGGCGAUCGACAAUGCUGUUACAUCUCUGGUCAGUUAGAUCCAGCUGAUCCUGCAUUUGAACUUCUGAACCAUGAGACUCCAAGAGAUCAGAAUUGUACUUACAUGACAGUAGCGGUUGACCUGGUCAUCAAUGGCAUUCAAGAACCUGUCCGUUUUCUCAUUGAAACUCCCAUCAAAGUUUUUCCUCAAACUGAGAGAUUUUGGCAGUUUACUCGUAGGCCUCUUUUGCAGCAAUUUUCCCUCACUUUGAAGGAGGUUCCUAGGGGUGAUUCCAAUGAAGUUGAUUUUGAACUGGUUUCAAUAAAAACAACAGGUGAACUUGAGCGAAACCGCAGAAACUUAACGUUAAAUUUAGCUAACAUGAUUCGGGCUCCAGAUGUGGAUUUGGACUCUUUAACUCCCAAAGAAGACAAUUUAUCUGAUGGAGAUGAGCCUCUUCUUAGUGGAACAGGAGAUGUGUCAAAGGAUUGUUCUGCUGAUGUCCUAGAAUCCUGGUCUGAAGUGCUGCAUCAAUGGCAGAAUACACAGAAACGUCCGAAACAACUUUCUACUUUAGUGAAGCAAAGCAUUCCAGAAGCCUUGCGUGGAGAAGUUUGGCAGAGACUUGCUGGUUGUGAAAAUGAUAAUGCCAUGAUGGAUAAUUAUCGAUUGUAUAUAACUCAGGAUUGUAGCUGUGAGAAUGUAAUUAUGAGGGAUAUCAAUCGAACCUUCCCAGCCCAUGACUUUUUCAAAGAGGCAGGGGGUCUUGGUCAGGAUUCUCUGUACCGAAUCUCAAAAGCUUAUGCUGUUUACGACAAGGAAGUUGGGUACUGUCAAGGACUAAGUUUUCUGGCUGCAAGUUUAUUACUUCAUAUGCCAGAAGAGCAAGCCUUUUGUGUUUUAGUCAAACUUAUGUAUGACUAUGGUUUGCGUGACAUGUAUAAGGAUGGUUUUGAAAACCUUUACAUGCGGCUUUAUCAGCUGAAUAAGCUGAUGGAGGAACAUCUUCCUCAACUAUGGCAACAUUUCUCUGACAUGAGUGUUGAGUCCCACAUGUUUGCAUCCCAGUGGUUUCUGACUCUCUUCACUGCUCGUUUUCCAUUAUACUUUGUUUUCCAUAUUUUGGACGUCUUCCUUCUUCAGGGAACCGAAACACUUUUCCAAGUUGCCAUUGCACUUUUGAAGGUGUGCAAGAAAGAUUUGUUGCAGCUUGAUUUUGAAAGCAUUAUGAGAUAUUUCCGAGUUCAAAUGCCUAAGCGCUGCCGAACAAAAGAAGUGUCUCUUCAAAUAAUGAACUUGGCUUGUCGCAUCAAAGUCAAAAAGCUAAAAAAAUAUGAGCAAGAUUUUGUAGCACUCAAAGAGGAACAGGACAAUGCAGACCAAUACGAUAAGGAACUGGAGCGAUUGAAUUUAGCUCUAAACCGUAAUGAAGAAGAGAAGAAGCAGCUACUACAAGAAUCAAUUAAAGUUAAGGAAAUGUUGAAACGAGAACUGGCAAAAGCUGAAAGUGAGAGCACUAGAAGUGCUACCAUAAUUUCAGAGUAUAAACAGAUCUGUCAGAGAAUGGACUUGGAACAGGCAGCAGCUAAAGCAGCCCUCAGUAAAUUAAGAAGCCAAGUCGCUGAGUGUGAACGCUGCUCAGCUUUGACUGCUGCAGUGUGUGCUGAUAUUGGACUUCCCAACUCUGCUGAAGAUUUAGAUGAUGCUGGAAACUCAUCAGGAAAUGAAAAUUUUGGCAGAGCCCAAGAACGCAUUCGCGAACUAGAACUGGAGCUAGCUAAGACUAAGCUUGCUCAUGUGGAAGCAGAAUGCACUAAUCAGGAUCUGACACACCAGUUGCAUGCUGCAUUGAUAGAACUGCAGAGGACUCAGAACUCAUGGCCACCAUGGCUGUCCAAAACUCUAACAUCUAUCAAGGAGGCAGCCUCUGGACUCCCCUCUGGUGGAACGUCAAUGACUCUCCCUCGUCGUGAGUCAGCCCCCUCCUCCCGCUCUCGACCAAACAGCAAACUGCGAACAAGUUCCAGCGUAGAGUGGUUUGUCGAACCAUUAACACCUUCCCUAACAUCUCCUCCGAGCUCACUUAGCAGCUCCAUCUCGUCAUCAGCUGUUGUUGCUGAUAUCCCAGUAAACAACCCUGUUGAUUCCACGGAGUAGAAAGAGCAUUUUAUGACGUGACAGUAAUUAAUCCAAAGCUAAUUGUAAUUACUAAGUAUGGAAAAACAUAUUUAAAGAAAUCUCUAACUUUUGGUAUGGUAGGUCCAUCUUGGACUGUGUUGUUAUUUGGAUGUGAUGAAAUUACUGCUGGGUAUUGUUGCUGUUUGCAGAUGACAAAAUUAUACUUUAAAUUGGUUUAUAUUCCUUGUUGUAAAAAUUUGCAAUUGACUGUUUUUAAAUGCUACCUUCUACAUCCGUCCAGUUCCUCACCUACCUGCUUUUCUUUAUCAGUAAAGUGUGUCUGUGAAAAGAAGAUGCUAUAGAAUAGUAUGAGAGGGAUUGAUCUUAACUUUGUGCUUUGUAAAAUUAAAUAUCAGUCUGUCUUUGAAUGUUCUGUACAACUUUACUGUACUCUACUUACCAAUGCUAGUAUUAUGAGAGAUAUUUUGGAACAGCUUCUCCUUAAUUGUGAUACUUAGUUUCUCUGGGAAUGCAAUAUAUUUCCUGUUUCCAGUCAUAUCAUUAGAUUUGCCAAAAAGCUAUGCUGAAAUAUCAAACCUGUUGUUUGAUAAUAUCAUUUGCUGUGCAUCUCUGCUACCUAUGUGUUGGCUCUAUCAUUAGCUAGAGGGAAAGAAAAGAACAUUCAUACUCACUACUGUUAAAGAGGUUCCAGAGUUGACUUGUUUUGCAGAGUUUUGUGAUAUGAAAUCUGUUACAAACACAGUGAUACACCUGUCUCUUUUUGACACUUGGUUUUCUGUAAUGGAAGCGUGAUUUGCUUAUUCUUCAGUGCCUAAUAUUUAGUUGGCUUUAUUUAGAAUAUGUAAUGCUGUUGCUCUAGUUUUAAUCUGUUUUUGGAUUCUACUUGGUUUAUUUCCUUUUUAGGAAGAUUUUGGUAACAUAUUUUAUUGUAUGUGUGUUUAUUGUACAGUACUUUGCUGAAUUGGAAACACCUACUUUUAAACCCACAAUUUUAAUUGUUUGGUUUUCAGUCUGGAUUCUGUGUUACUACUGUAGUUGCCAUCUAUGUAUAUCAUUCUAAUAAAUAGUGCUUGAACAUGUGUAAAGCAAAUUUGAGAAUGUAUUUGUGAUACAUCUAGUUUACAUGGUGUUUGAAGUUCCACUUACAUGUGGUUAUAGGUCGUUCCAUGUUUGAAACUGUUUUCUGACCAUCUGUAGAUUAAAAAUGAAGAAGUUUCAACCAGUUGUUUAUUGCACAUCUAGAUUAUUCACCUGCCUUAGAAGAUAUCACUCUAGUAGGUGGUGAUGUCCUACAUGUGCAUGCGAAUUUCCUUGAUUUUGGAUACCCAACAUUCAUAAUGUUCAGUAAUAGUCUUAUGGCAUCUCAGUAACCCAUCAGUUUCUCUCAGACCAUUCUGAUCUCACUUUAGGUUUUACCCUGAAUUUUGUUUGCAAGCAAUAGUGUUAUGCAUUUAUUGAUCCUACCUAUUUAUUUCUGUUGUCAAGGGCUUUCAUAUGUAUUGUUGUGUGGAACACGUAUAUGUAUGUAUGCCCCAAUUCAAUCAUUUUAUGUUUGUAUAUGGAUCUGUGGAAGUAUUUUAACUAGUAGGGUGUGGGGUAGAAUUUGUAUUAAAGUUGACAAUAUUAACCUUCUCAGGAAAAAAUGAUCCACUCCAGGUUUGGUCAUUUGACUAUCAUAUGUCUUCUGAGUUUCUGUAAUUUUUUUUUCUUGUAACUAACUGUUUUGAGUGUUUAGUCAUUCCACCUAUUUUUUAUGUAGAUUAAUUUUUCAUCAAAGUACACUUACCCAACAAUUUCCUUUCGUUGUUAGUUGUAUUACUUUAACUGUUACCUUUAAGAAUACAUUUUGUAUCUAUUCUUGUGGAAAGUUUCAUCCUGCAACUAUUCCAACUUCUUGAUAGUUUUGAGACCAAACUAAUUCAGUUAAGUUUCUAUUUUUAUUUGUUUUGAUCAGAGCACACAUUGUUUUGUUUUAAAAAGAAAGUAAAAAAAAAAAUUAUUGUGCCAUCAAAGUUUUUGCCUAGGAAGGAAUUAUACUCUAUCAUCUGAGGAAUGGUAUACUCUGUAUCUUAUCCUUUCCUAAAUUGAGUUUCCCAUUGUUUUCUUCAAAGGCUGUUUAAAAUAUACCUGCACACUGAAUUAUUUUACAUCCUGAAAGAUGAUAAAUUGCUAGUCAGAAUAGCUUUUAGUUUUGGCACGAUCUAGUGUUUAUUUCUAUUUUACGUAGAUUUGUAUGGAAUGUUUAUAAGUCUACCUAAAACCCUUGUUCCCUUACAAUGCCACUCAUCCCAUGUCAAUGACAUGAUGUCAUCCCACCUGACUGGUGUCCUUUCUCACCGAACUAUAUCGUAAUACUAAUUAUUAUAUCCAACUAAGCAGUAGGACUAACAAUGGUAAGAUUCAUUUUGUAUGUCACUAUGAAAAAGGUUCAGCAAGGAUAAAUAAAUUUUGUGGCUGACGAGUCUA